GGGUUGCUCUUCCAUCAGUGUUAAAUAUAUAUACGAGAGCUCAGUAAGAAGGCUUCUGGAGAUCUGAAGAAAGACACGAGAAACAGAAGCUCGUGCCAGAUUAACUCUAUUAUCAAGUGGCAACAGAAGAAUUUGUAACGUUAGUAUUUAUCUUUUGUAUGAGCGCCCAAACAGAAGAAAACCAGGAAAUAACGCGCGGCUGACAUCUGAGAAGUUGCACAAAAAAUGAAGAGGAUGGCUCCGUCUGUGCUGAAGGCGUACAGGAGGCGCUGGUGGAUGGCCGUCACAGCCGUGCUGGAGAACCUGUCGUGUUCGGCCGUGCUGUUGGGCUGGGGCUCUCUGCUCAUCAUGCUCAAAGGACAGGGCUUUUACUCCCACCUGUGCACAGAAAAUAAGACUGAGAGUGUGAACGCUAGUGAACCAGAUGAUUGGCUGAGUUGUGUGGAACAGGAAGAAAUGCUAAAUGUGGGCUUCACCAUUGGCUCAUUCCUGCUCAGUGCUGCUACAUUGCCAUUGGGUAUACUGAUGGACCGGUUUGGCCCCAGACCUCUUCGCCUUGCUGGAAGUGCGUGUUUUGCACUCUCUUGUGUGAUUAUGUCCAUAUCAUCAUAUCAACCAGAAGUCCUCUCUGCGUUAAUUUUUCUGGCUCUUUCACUCAACGGCUUCGGAGGGAUCUGUCUGACCUUCACAUCUCUCACGCUGCCAAACAUGUUUGGGAGUCUGAGCUCCACUGUUAUGUCUCUGAUGAUCGGCUCCUACGCUUCAUCGGCCGUCACCUUCCCUGGAGUCAAGCUGAUAUAUGAUGCCGGGGUGUCGUUUACUGUUAUCAUGUGGAUGUGGGCCGGCCUGGCAGCUCUGGUCUUUCUCAACUGUUUCCUGAACUGGCCAGCAGAAGCGUUUCCUACAGAAGAAGAGAUUGAGAUUAGGAAAGCAUUGUCUGAAGAGGCGACGGGAGAAACGGAGAAACUGCCGGCUGUAGCUCAGGACACACAAGCUUCGGUCCCGUUCCGGCGCUCCGUGUUCUCUCCCAUCUUCUUGUGGAGUCUGAUCACUAUGGGAAUGACUCAGCUGAGAAUCAUCUUCUUUAUGGGAGCCAUGAACAAGAUGCUGGAGUUCCUGGUCAUCCACGGAGAGGAGCACCCCUCUAAAGAACUGGUGCAUGAGGCUGAGGAGAAAGUGAGCUUCUACUCGUCCGUCUUUGGCACACUGCAGCUCUUGUGUCUGGUCACCUGUCCUCUGAUCGGAUACAUCAUGGACUGGAAGAUGAAGGAGUGUGAGGUGCAUCAGAAGACGGCGCGCCGGGGAGAAAACGAAGCCGUUUCAGUACCGAAGCGUGACAGAAAGAUCCAGAAGCUGACCAACGCCAUGAGAGCCUUCAUCUUCACUAAUGUGCUGCUCAUUGUGUUUGGUGUCCUCUCACUCGUAGACAACCUGCCUCUACAGAUUCUGACGUUUAUUUUGCACACUAUGGUCCGAGGUUUCAUUCACUCGUGUUGUGGAGGACUGUAUGCUGCUGUGUACCCGUCUAAUCAUUUUGGCACACUAACCGGACUGCAGUCUAUGAUCAGUGCAGUGGUGGCUCUGCUGCAGCAGCCGCUCUUCAUGGUUAUGUUGGGACCUCUGAACGGAGAUGCUUACUGGAUCAACGUGGGGCUUCUGGUCCUCUCAUUGGCCGGUUUCCUGUUGCCGGGGUAUUUGUUCUACCAUCGCAGACAGCUUCUUCAGAUGAAGGCCGGAGGAAAAGCGAACGGACACACUCCUGUUGAGAAUCAAGCUCUAAACCAGCCGCUCAGCAACGGUCACGUCCCUCAGGAAGCCUAACUCAACAACGGAGCAUCAUGGGACUGUCAUGGGACUCUUCACAUUUCAACACGCUACAGCAAACCCUGCCGUUCCUAACUUUUAAACACGUUUUUGUUGUAUGAGAGGCAUUAGGCUGAUUGCUGUGGAAGCAGCUUCACUUCAGGAUUGUCUUUUUGGACGAUCGGCUGACUCAAAAUAUGAGUAUUCGUAUUGAAAAUCAAGAAAUCUGCCUGCGAAGCGAAUGCAAUGGUUUUUAGAGAGAUAUUUAUUGGACUGGACACACAUCGGCUGUGACUGAUGGACUACCUCACCUGUCUGUUCACCAAAGAGAAAGAACCAUGAUUGCUGUAUAAUAGUGUGUUUUUCUGUCUUUUGGAAACUUGGGAAACAAUCAACAGGAGCUUUUCGGCUGCCACCAAAGACACUGCUAAUGGAGCUUUAUAAACCUUUGGUUCACUGCAUUAAAUCUAAAACAUUUCAGGCAGAUUUAACAAGAUUUUUAUGAAGCAACAGAAAUUAAUGUUUGUGUGUCUGUGCAUUUUAGUGUCAUAGGCACUGAAAUGGAAACCUAUUUUUGUAUUUCUGUUAUUAGAUGUGCUCUGUAAAUAGCUUGAUGUGUGUUCAUGUCUGGUUUAAUGUGCAGGAAGCUCGUAGGAGGGGUUAAUUUGGUUUUUUCGAAAGGUCGGGAGAGGAACCGAUGAUGUCUCUCUUCCAGAUUAAUGUUUUGUGUGAAACUAGUGCCUUAUGUUGUUCAAAUGUGUCACAAUUCAAAUCUCACCGCGAGAGAAAUGUGGGAAACCAGAGCCAUAUGGAUGCAAUAAAGCCAUAUGAGAUCAGGAGAGAAUGUGUGAGAGGAAGAAAGCAUCCAGGGUGCAAGAAAAUUAGAUUCGAAGCACCAAAAACAAUAAAAUAUGCAAACUGUUUCUCUGAA